CGGCAUUUCCAAUCUUUCCACCAAACAAAAAAUAAUCAAGAAAGUAAAUAAUGUUGAAAGCACAAGUGUUUAUGUUUGUGACAGUUUUGGUUUUUGUAUGUGUGUUUAUAAAUAGCAAUGAUGCGAAAAGGUAUAUUGAAUAUCCUCCAUGGCAAAAACAUCCUUGUAAUCCAAGAUUUCCAACACCCGAUUGUUAUAAGCGUACACCAGCUAAUCCAUAUAGACGAGGAUGUACGUGUAUCAGUAGAUGCCGCCGUGAUUGUGGAGGAUUAUCAACUUGGAAGAAACUUUUGGAUACAAUUUUGAAAAUACCAGUGUAAACAA